GGGACGAUGCCGACUUCCGACUGAUCCUGGUCGGGAAGUCCGGAGGCGGGAAAAGUGCCACGGGCAACACCAUCCUCGGCCAGAGGGCGUUCGAGUCCAUCCUGGGAGCGAAGACCACCACCCAGAAGUGCCAAAGCGGGCAGGGAACCUGGGAAAACAAGAACAUCUUUGUGAUCGACACGCCGGCCUUCUUCGAUUCCGAAGAGAUGGAUCCGUCCCUGAAGGAGGAGAUGAAAAAAUGCCGCCAGAUGUGCCAGCCGGGUCUCCACGCCUUUGUUUUGGUGACCCAGGUGGGGCGCUUCACGAAGGAAGACAAGGCCGCCGCAAAGCGGGUCCGGAAGAUCUUUGGGAAAGAGUCCAUCCCUCACACGGUCGUCCUCUUCACCUGCAAGGAGGACCUGGGAGGGAUCUCCCUCCAGGAGUACGUCCAAAAAUCCGACAACCCAAAACUGUGUAAGCUGAUUAAGAAGUGCGUCAAUCGCUUUUGCGGGUUUAACAACGGGGCCGAAGGAGACGAGCGGGCGAAGCAGGUCAAGGAGCUGAUGGUGAAGGUCCAGAAGAUGGUCGAGGAGAAUGGAGGGCGGCCCUAUUUUAUCCCACCAGAAAAACCAAAACUUUCUUCCAGGAUCUCUGCUUUUCCCAAGAAGAAGACUCAUCAGUAA